AGUAGUAAUCGAAAACCAUGCAGAAGAUGAUUCAUGCAAUCAGAUCAGUGAUCAGAAACCAGGCACCGUCAAACUUAGGCUGGAAAGCUUCUAGGGUCGGAUUCAUCAAGCAGGCCACAAGAACUGUGUCGAGUGAUCCGGGUAGUAAACACAACAUGGACAAGGCAGAGAACCCAAAUCAGCAGGCCGGGACUGGGGACGUGAUGUCUCAUUCAUUUGGGGAGGGGUAUGCGAGUCGCUCCGAUGAAGAAGGAUUUGGAGGAGUGUAUAGCGAUAACCAGAAGCUUCCUAACAAGAUUGAGCAGGAUCAGCUCAUCCAUGAAAACAACCCUGCUUAUGACAAGACUCAGGGAAGUGAAGUCAAGGAGAAGGAGAGAGCUCGUCACCAACCCAGUUCACACUGAAGCGAAGGAGAUCAAAGGAAGCCAUGGAUCAAGUUAGCUAGCUAUUGCGUUUUCUACGUACCUAUAUAUUAUUUCAUUUUUGGAGUCCUUGAAUUACUGGGAUAUGACCCCUAAGAGGACGGUGAAGACGUGAAGUUGUGUCUUUUGUCAUUCCUUAUAUUUAAAAACAUAUAUUAUUUCU